GUUUUGUAUGACCCCGCUCUCCGCCUCUUUCCACCCCUUGCCACCCCUUGCUCCACACAGGGUACUCGUGGUCCUUUGCUGGUCAGCUGGUACAUAGUAUCUCCUCCAAGACCCGCAAGACCCGCAUGAUGACGGUUACGUUGGAGGCUUAAAAACGGAAAACGGGUUCAUAUGUAAAUACCGAAAAGUGCGACCAGAAUCACCCCAUCUACCUUGUGUUUUAUGAUGGUCAUUGGAAAAUUGCUCUCCUUACUCAUUGCAGGCCUUCCCGCAAUUGUUGUUGCCGCCAAUGGCAGUGGUAUUGCAGACGCCGAUGUGACAACCUCGAACGUCGUGAAAUUGAGCGCUCCCGAUGGGUCAGCUCGUGCAACGUUUGUUAAAACCGGCGCGACGUUGACGCACUUUUGGGUCAAAGACAAACAUGGAAAAUUCCGGGACAUUGCGAUAGGAUUCGACAAUCUCACUGAAUAUGAGACGGCAGAAUCAGGCACGUUGUAUUUCGGUCCCAUAGUCGGAAGAUAUGCCAACAGAAUUCGUAACGGCAAAUUUACCAUACCCAUCUCAAAAAACGCGUCGGGUUCUGGAAAGCAAUUUCAGGUUCCAAAGAACACGAAUAAUGGCAGCGACACUUUACACGGCGGCUUUGACGGAUAUAACACCCGUACCUGGGAGAUACUGGCGCGCUCUACAAAUUCAGUCACUUUCACACUCGUCGACCCCGACGGCAAAGAAGGAUUCCCGGGCUUCGUGUUCAACACAGCCACAUAUACGCUAGAGCACGAUUCAAACUUCAAGAUCAGUCUACGUGCUUGGGCGACUGAAAAGACGCCUAUCAUGCUUAGUGGCCACCAUUUCUGGAACUUGGAAGCCUAUCAAGAGAGCGAGGACCUUUUGUCCCAUUUUGUGCAAUUCAAUUCUUCUCGUUUUGUUGCCACCGACGGAAAGUUGAUUCCUACUGGAGAACUAACCAGUGUCGAAAAUACCCCUUUGGAUUUUCGAAAAGCCAAGUCUAUUGGGGGCAGUAUUAACGACACUGCGGUGGCAGAGUACUGUGGAACAGGCUGCGUGGGUUUCGAUAACUGCUGGGUUUACGACAACGUCGAAAAGACGCCCAUCUUUUCCGUCUGGAGCACUAAUUCCGGAAUCAAGUUGGAUAUAACCACUAAUCAGCCUGCACUUCAGAUUUACACCUGCAAUGGCUUGGAUGGGACAAUCCCCAGGAAAAAGGAGCAAGGUGGGCCUGAAGCAACCUAUGGCAAACACUCUUGCCUUGUCAUUGAACAAGAGUCGAUAAUUGAUGCUAUCAAUAACCCGGAAUUUGGUGUUAACCAGAUAUUUGGACCGGAGCGCAGAUAUGAGUGGGAAGCCGUUUAUAGAUUUUCGAGAUUAACAUGAGAAUACGUUGUACAUAUGAAGGCGAUGGUAACUGGAAAUGGAUUAAAUCAGUCAGC